AGCGUCACAGGCUUGAUGAUCACAGUCUACUAAACCGUCGUUGUCUGAACAUCGCGCACGCGUUUGCUGUUAGAGAGAAGUGUGCCUAUUCGUGAAUUUAUACUCAAUAGUUACAGGACUGAAAUCUUAUUCGUGUGUCUCUACUUUGCUUCGAUAACUGAAGAGAAAACUUCGAAUGUUUCUGGAUGUGAAAGGUGCGUGAUUUAAGUGAUCAACUAAACAGUUAAAAAGUUCGAGCUAGGUCAAACUAACAAAACUUUCGCAAUGGGGAAGCUAUAAAAUUUUUAGAAUUGGUUUCUGUUCACUGUGGAACUCGUCACAGUGACAGAAAUAAUUCUUUCGACAUAUAAAUCUGGUAAUUCCAGAUUGACCACUUACAUCAACGUUAUUGACACUAUGAGGCGGCUCGUUUGAUAACCACACUUAUUCGUUUAAUAAGAUGUAUCCGUGACAAGCGCACAGUGACGAAGGUUUCUAACCUACGACACAAAUUUUAAAAACAAGAAGUCGUUCCUAUAAAGCUUAAUUUAUGUUUAUUGACAAAAACUAGCGAUAUAAAGUAACAAAAGAGAUAAAUUUAACUUAAUCUUUUAAUAAAUUAACGUUACAUAAGAUUUAACAAAUCAUAAUAAUUGCUUCAUACAACUAAAUUUUAUAUUGACUAAAAAUAACUCGUAAUUGUGAUAAAAGAAAUCUAGUCUAGGGUGUACAAAAUUUGUUGCUCAACUGAUUAAUAAGAAUUGACUAAAAAAAAGUGCUCUUGUCGAGGGUGUACAAAAAUAAUCGAAUUAAAUGGGAGACAUAUGUAAUAUCGGAAUGGUAUCUUACUAUAAUUCCCUUGCGAUGCUUUGCCAACAACAGCAAGUAUCUGGCCAGCAGCCACUUCCACAGCAAAUACCACAAAAUAAUUCUGUACAACAUAAUUCGGCACCAAAUAAUUCUGCAUUAAGUAAUUCUACACAACAUAAUUCUGCACAACAUAAUUCUGCACAACAUAAUUCUGCACAACAUAAUUCUGCACAACAUAAUUCUGUACAACAUAAUUCUGUACAACAUAAUUCUGCACAACAUAAUUCUGCGCAACAUAAUUCUGCACAUCAUUCUGCACAACAUGAUCCGCAACAAACAAAUACCACAGCCGACGGAGGUCAGCAAUAUUGGUAUAGUUAUCCACAUGAGCAUCCACAUGGAUCUUCACAUGGAUCUUCACAUGGUUCUUCACAUGGUUCUUCACAUGGUUCUUCACAUGGUUCUUCACGUGGUUCUUCACAUGGACAUCCACAUACAUAUCCACAUCCGCAUAUAUAUACACAAAGACACACACAAACACUUCCACAAGCACAAGCACAAGUACAAGCACAAGCACGAGCACAAGCACAAGCACAUACACGAGCACAAGCACAUACACGAGCACAAACACAUACACAAGUACAAGCAGAAACACAUACACAAGUACAAGCACAAGCACAUUCACAUCCAAAUACACAUACACAUACAUUUCCACAAACACUUUCACAAACACUUUCACAUGUGCUUCCACAAACACUUUCGCAUGCACUUCCACAAACACUUUCGCAUGCACUUCCACAAACACUUUCACAUACACUUUCACAUACACUUCCACAAACACUUUCACAAACACUUUCACAAACACUUUCACAUGCACUUCCACAAACCCUUUCACAUGCACUUCCACAAACACUUUCACAUGCACUUCCACAAACACUUUCACAUGCACUUCCACAAACACUUUCACAUGCACUUCCACAAACACUUUCACAUGCACUUCCACAAACACUUUCACAUGCACUUCCACAAACACUUUCACAUGCACUUCCACAAACACUUUCACAUGCACUUCCACAAACACUUUCACAUGCACUUCCACAAACACUUUCACAUGCACUUCCACAAACACUUUCACAUGCACUUCCACAAACACUUUCACAUGCACUUCCACAAACACUUUCACAUGCACUUCCACAAACACUUUCACAUGCACUUCCACAAACACUUUCACAUGCACUUCCACAAACACUUUCACAUGCACUUCCACAAACACUUUCACAUGCACUUCCACAAACACUUUCACAUGCACUUCCACAAACACUUUCACAUGCACUUCCACAAACACUUUCACAUGCACUUCCACAAACACUUUCACAUACACUUCCACAAACACUUUCACAUGCACAUCCACAAACACUUUCACAUGCACAUCCACAAACACUUGCACAUCCACAAACACUUGCACAUGCACAUCCGCAAACACUUGCACAUGCACAUCCACAAACACUUGCACAUGCACAUCCACAAACACUUUCACAAGGAUUUUCACAUACACUUCCACAUACACUUCCACAAACACUUGCUCAUGCGCGUACACAUCCACAUGGAUAUUCACAUGUCCAUUAUCAAUCACCUGGACCACAACAAUAUUUGGAUCCGGCAGAGAUGAUUCCUAAUUGGCCGCAUCCUCACGCUUACCCGUAUUCACAUAUUCAUCAGUAUCAGUAUCACCAGUAUCAACAAGCUCAGCUGGCAGGAUUAAAUGAUUGGGGUAAUGAAGCAAGUGGUCCUCUUAUAACUGAAGAAACAAGCCCUCCUAUUACUGCUAGCGGGAGCGAAGUUAGUAAUCCAGAGACUUCGUGUACUCCACCGAGGAAUAACGGCAGCAGUAACGUUACGAAUAGUAAAAAUAUUACACCGCCUAGCACUAGUAAUAGUGCGAACAGUAUUAAUAGCGCGACAUCGAUGAGACCCGCGCAGAUCAGAAGUCCCUACGAGUGGAUGAAGAAGACUUCCUACCAGUCUCACCCCAAUCCUGGAAAAACCCGAACUAAAGACAAAUACAGAGUGGUCUACACAGAUCAUCAGAGGUUGGAGCUUGAAAAGGAGUUUCACUAUAGUCGUUACAUCACAAUUCGCCGUAAAGCUGAACUCGCCGCUAAUCUUGCGCUCUCAGAACGUCAAGUCAAAAUCUGGUUCCAAAACCGUCGCGCGAAAGAACGGAAACAAGUUAAAAAGCGCGAAGAACUCGAAAAGAAAGAGUUAAAAGCGGCAGAUGUAGUACCAAACAGCCCGAUGGCCAGCCUAACGAUCGGAGGGUUGGCAGAAAUGAGUGGAAUGCUUGGUUACGAACCUAAUCCGCCGUCUCCUCGUCCCGGACCAUCAUCGCAUCCACUUCUUUGAGGCGCGACAGCUGUUGUCCACCCAAGCAGCCAUACCGAUUGGCGGUGGGGUUGUGACCUGGUGCCGGCGAUCACAGAAGCUUGGUCCGGCGACAGCUAAUUCCGGAAGCUCCACCUAACGCAUGCUGGUAAGAGGACGCAUAAAUUGGUGUGACCGGUAUCAAAUCUUCGCGAAAAAUUAAUUACAUUGACUAAUAGAUUAAUGUAUGAGACUUUUCUUUUAUCAGUGUUUAAAUAUAUAGGA